AUGGGCUCAUCGUCAAACGAAAUACACACCUGUCUCUUCUUUGGCAACGAUGCCGAAGAAGCAGCGAACUUCUAUGUUUCAGUAUUUCCAAACUCCAAGAUCGGUUUCAUUGCACGCUUCCCAGACUUGGGCAAUGAUAAUCCAGCCCCGUCUCACAAGCCAGGAUCCGUCCUCACGGUCAGCUUCACAUUGAAUGGCAGGCCGUUCACCGCAUUGAACUCCCGGCCUUCCACCAUUCAAUUCACCGAAGCUGUCAGCUUCCAAAUCAUGUGCGAUACACAAGACGAAGUCAACCACUACUGGGACAAAUUGAGUGAAGGGGGUGACCCAAAUGCGCAGAUGUGUGGCUGGUUGAAGGACAAAUUUGGUGUGAGCUGGCAGGUGGUGCCCAAGCUCCUACCGGCGAUCUUCGAAACUGGUGACCCUGAGAAGGCUGCAAAAUGCAUGAAGUCAUUCUCGGCCAUGAAAAAGAUCAAUAUUCAAGAGAUCCGUGAUGCUGUUGAGAAUUGA